AUAACAACAAAUUAUGGCACGCUUCACUCCAAUUUUUUCUCUCUCUCUAAAUCCCUCGAGAUUUUCUCACUCUAUUAACGUUUCACUGUCCUUCAUUAAAUUCACAAACAAUAACAACAAUCUCUUUCAUCUCAAACUCAAACAAACAACACAACAAAGCCUCUGUCUCUGUAUCUGUUAACAGGUUUUGUGUUACAAUGGCUAUGAAUUCAGAACAAAUUGAUUUGAAUGCCGAUACUGUUUUAUUUGAUCGAGAGAAGGAUGUUUUGGGAUUUAAAUCUUUAAGGUCUAAUGUUGGUGUUGGUGUUUCUUUUGAUGAAACCCUAAUUAGUGAUGUUGGAGGAAACAAUGAUGGUUUUGUUGACAUGCUUUCUGGGACUAAUGUGGUUGGGUUUCAUAAGGAUUCAGGGUGUGGAAAAGAGGGUUUUUGUGAUGAAAAAGUUAAUGGUUUUGAGGAUGGCGGAAUGUUUGAUGUUGUUGAUGGAGGGUGUGAUGGGAAAGGAGGAAAAUUUUCAUGUGGGUUGGUGAAGAAUGAUGAUGAGAAAAGUGUGAUUCAAUGUUCUGAUGGAGGUGCAGAGUCUGAUAAAGGUUUGGUUUUUGGAUUGAAUGAUGGUGUUCAGAUCAAACAGGAGGGCGAGGAUGUGGAGAAAGUUGCAUUGAGUAACGAGCUUCAAGGAGUUAAAGAUGAUGUGACUGAGGGUGAUCACAAGGUUAAAAAAGUUGCUUUGCCGAAUUUAAGCGCGGCUGUGGAGGAUGAAGGUGUGAUAAAAGCUGCUGAUUGUUUUGUUACUAAAGAUGAUCCUGAAGAUUCUAGUGUCUCUGAUGUUGCAACCUACCAAUUGCAGGAUGGAAUUCCAUAUGUGGAAGGCAUGGAUGUUAAUAAAGAAGAGUAUUUCAAUGUGAAAGACUUGUUAUCGAAAAAUUGUCAUGGUCGUGAAACUUCGUGUGAGUUGAAACAGCCAGUCUUUCUAUCAGAUGCACAAGUAAAUGUGAUUCAGAAUCAAACCACAUGCAUCAAUAUGUCUGGAGCAGCUAUAUCUGAGAAUAUUCAAUAUGAUUGUUGCGGUUUUGAUCUUGUUGGUCUUAAUUCUUGCAAAAACGCUCAGGAGGAUAGCGUGCCUAGGGAAUCAGAGUCAUCUGAAGCUAAUUACCGUGUAUCUGAUUUAGUAUGGGGAAAGGUUAGGAGCCAUCCUUGGUGGCCUGGUCAGAUCUAUGAUCCCUUGGUUGCAUCGGAGAAAGCAAAGAAGCAGCGUAAGGAAAACUGUUACCUGAUAGCAUAUUUUGGGGAUCAAACAUUUGCUUGGAAUGACACGUCAAUGAUAAAGCCAUUUCAUAAACAUUUUUCUGAAAUGGAGAAACAGAGUGAUAUGGAAAAUUUCCGCCAUGCCGUUGAUUGUGCUUUAGAAGAGGCCUCAAGACGGGUUGAGUUUGUCCUGUCUUGUCCUUGUAUGCCUGGAGAAACGUAUCCUGAGCUGAAAACGAAAGUAAUUGCUAACAAUGCGGCAUCUUUUGAACCGAUGGAACUUGUCAAUUUUGUUAAAUCGUUAGCCCAAUCUCCACUUACUGAAUUUGAUAGAUUGGAUUUUGUAAGUGCAUGUGCUCGAUUGUCAGCUUUCUAUCGCUCAAAAGGCUACUCUCAACUGCCUGAAUUUGCAAUGCUUGAUCGGUUGUUUGAGAAUGAUAUGGAAAUUCUACUUGUAAGGGAGCAUGAGCAGUGCGAUGAUCAAAUUAAUGAACAGCACAUCUCUUGGAAUACGAAGCAGACUGGCAAAAAGAAAAAACUUUUGUCAGAUUUAAUGUCUGAGGAGAACGUCUGGACUCCAAAUGGUGAAUGUAUACCAAAAAAGAAAGCUGGUGGUAGUUCAAUUUCACGACGUGGCAGGAAACGGAAGGCAGCGUAUGAUACUUCAUAUGAUUAUUUUCAUCAUUCCCAAAUUGCUGAUGAUAUAUCAACUUCACGGCGUGGAAGGAAACCAAAGGCAGCUUAUAAUACUCCUAAUGAUUGUUUCAACAAUUCCCAAAUUGCUGCUAAUAAUUCAACUUCACGGCGUGGCAGGAAACUGAAGACAGCUUACAAUACUUCUAAUGGUUGUUUCAAUAAUUCCCAAAUUGCUGCUAAUAAUUCAACUUCACGGCGUGGUAGGAAACGGAAGGUACCUUACAAUACUUCUGAUGGUUGUCUCAAUAAUUGCCAAACUGGAAACCUUGCCCAAUUACAGAAUGUAUCGAUUGGUGAGAUGCAGUCUCAGAUUUGCUUAGCUGCCACAGAUCCUGCAGGAGAAAGUUGCUCAAGUGACAUGAUAUAUUUCUUUGCUGAAUUUAAAAAAUUCACCGGCUGCAACGAUUCUGUUUUUCUGGAGCUGGGAUUAUCUUUAGAACAAGAGCAUGGUGGUGAGACUGAAGUGGUAACCUCUAUAGAAGCUGCUGCUACAGCUUCUAUGUCAACACCAACACCAAUGGUGCUUUGCAAUGAUUCUUAUUGGACUGAUAGAAUAAUUCAAAGCAUUUCUGAUGAGGAGACACUGUUAAAAAACCAGAAUGAAAGAGAGGAACUUUUGCCAGCUGCUGAAAUUAGCCCAAAUUUGGGUUUAAUGCAUCAAGAAUCCAAUGGAAAUCUCGGAUCAGAACCUUCCAACUAUGUGGAAAAUGUGAAUGAGAGUUCUCCCACUUCUCUUACCCUGAAAUUUACAAACUUGGAUUCAGUUCCUUCAACAGCGGAUCUCAACAAGAUCUUUGGCCGCUUUGGGCCGCUAGUUGAAUCAAAGACUGAGCUUCUAGAGAGGACUAACCGUGCUAGAGUUGUUUUCAAAAGACGCUGUGAUGCAGAAACUGCUUUUAGUAGUGCUGGAAAGUAUAGCAUAUUUGGACCUUCACUACAAAGUUACCGCCUCAGGAUUUUGCCCCGUACACCAAAGAAAGGAACAGGAAAGCGAGGCAGAAAAAGCAAAAAAGAAAAAAGUUCUGUGGAUGCCCCCACAGUUUGAUGCCUUGACAAUUAGUGGUAAGUUUUAUGUGAAUAUCGAUCGACACUCUUAGUUUUAGUAUUUUGAUGAGUUACUAACUUGGCUAGCAUGCUAAUCAAUAGAAUUGAGUAGCUCACUAAUUGAUGAUUUAUAUAGAAAUCUUUUGGGGAUAGUACCAAUUCCAUUUAAAUAUGUUGAUGGAUAUGUUUUGGGACUAAUAUGAACAAAGUUCGAAGUUUAAGUUAGUAUAUGACUUUGUUUGACAUGUUAUAUCUGUGAAUACUGGUGCAUUAUUAUUCUGAAACUGAAGGUUUUGAUUACUGCUUUUUCUAGUCA